AUGAGAAAAAGUCUCGCGCGCGUCAAGGCGGAGAGCCUUUCGCCCGGAGGACUGGACUUGCGAGGCGGCGGCGCGGGGAGCGAGGAACCGGGUGUGGCUGCGAGCGAGGUCCAGCCCCAGCAGCUCCGCAUCGCGGCGACCUUCUCGCUGGCAGGGUUGGCUGGCGACGCGGUCCCGGUGGAGCAGGCCUCGCCCAGGGAGGAGGCAGGCAGGGAGACGCGCCGCGGGUUCAGGUGUGGAGAGUGCGGCGAGUGCUUCGGUGCAGAGGCGGACUUGAGGAAGCAUCUGGCUGGUCACUCCAAGAGGGCACCGCACUCGUGCGAGGUUUGCGGAAAGAAGUUCCGUGAUGCUUCGAAUCUCAGGAAGCACAUGGGAACCCACACCGGGGAGAAGCCCUACGAAUGUGACGAGUGCGGAAAGAAGUUCACUCAAUCAGCUAGCCUUGUCAGGCACAAGAUGCUGCACACCGGAGAGAAGCCCUACAAAUGUGACGAGUGCGGAAAGAAGUUCAGCCGAUCAAGUCACCUCAUCAGGCACAAGAUGCUGCACACCGGGGAGAAGCCCUACGAAUGUGACGAGUGCGGAAAGAAGUUCUCUCAAUCAAGUAAUCUCUACACUCACACGAAGAAGGCCCACACAGUGAGGAAGCCGCUUACGUGUAACUUCUGCGGCAAGAAGUUUUCUCGUCCUGCCCAACUAAGUAGCCACAGACGGGUGCACUCUAAGUCUUACGAGUGUGACGAGUGCGGAAAGAAGUUCUCUCAAUUAAGUAACCUGAAGGUGCACAAGAUGCUGCACACCGGGGAGAAGCCCUACGAAUGUGACGAGUGCGGAAAGAAGUUCACUCAAUCAGGUGGCCUCAUCAGGCACAAGAUGGUGCACACCGGAGAGAAGCCCCACGAAUGUGACGAGUGCGAAAAGAAGUUCGCUACAUUAGAUAACCUUAGGAAGCACACGAGAGUCCACACCGGGGAGAAGCCCCACGAAUGUAACGAGUGCGGAAAGAAGUUCACUACAUCAGUAAACCUGAAGGUGCACAGGAGAGUCCACACCGGGGAGAAGCCUUACGAGUGUGACGAGUGCGGAAAGAAGUUCACUGAAUUAAGGAACCUGAAGGUGCACAAGAGAGUCCACACCGGAGAGAAGCCUUACAAGCGCAAUGAAUGAGGAAAGAAGUCCGAUUUCUUCAUCAAGAGACAGUUAGGUUUGUAGUGGCAAUAGUGGAAACAAAGAUAUUUUGAAAACUUACUUUUUGUAGCUUUUGCAACUUGCUUUUUAUGAUAAUGAAGGGUAUAUAUAAUUUCAUAUCAAACACUA